AUGGCAGGCAACGCUGGUUAUGACAGGCACAUUACCAUCUUCUCGGAGCAGGGAAGACUGUUCCAAGUCGAAUAUGCUUUCAAGGCCAUCACAGCGGCAAACAUCAUGUCGAUUGGUGUGCGGGGUAAGGACUGCGCUGUAGUCCUGUCUCAAAAGAAGGUGCCGGAUAAACUCAUCGACCCCUCUUCUGUCUCGCACAUCUUCCAGAUCUCCCCGUCGGUGGGCUGCGUCAUGACGGGCUCUAUCGCCGAUGCUCGCGCAUUUUCGCAGCGCGCCCAAUCGGAAGCAGCAGAUUUCAAGUACAAGUUCGGUUACGAAAUGCCCUGCGACGCCUUGGCCAAGCGGUUGGCCAACAUCAGCCAAGUCUACACCCAGCGGGCGUACAUGCGGCCGUACGGCGUUGCGACGACGUUGAUAUCUCUCGAUUCCGAAGUCGGGCCCCAACUGUUCAAGUGCGAUCCCGCCGGAUACUAUAUUGGGUACAAGGGCACCUCAGCUGGCCCCAAGCAGCAGGAGGCGCUCAAUCAUCUUGAGAAGAAGCUCAAGAACAAGGACCAUGCCCCUGGCGACUGGAAAGAGGUUGUGGAGCUCGCAAUCACAACGCUCAGCACCGUCCUUAGCAUGGAUUUCAAAAAGACCGAGAUCGAGAUCGGCAUCGUCGGAGGGCCGCGCGCCGACGGAAAGGAAGGGACGACGCCGGACUUCAGGCGGCUGACGGAAGAGGAGAUCGAGGAGAGGUUACAGGCGAUUGCUGAGAAGGACUGA